CAAAGAUCAGCAGAACGAGGCAGGAGAGCAGAGAGCCGCUGGAUCUUCAGAGGAUCGUAAUUCACGAUGAAGACGUUAUUGUUACUGUAUCUGUGCCUUUAUGUCACCUGGGCUCAGGAUGUCUUAGAAUACGACGACUACGAUUCGGAUGGCAAGUCGUCAACAAAGAAUGCCACAGACGGAGGAGCAGCCGUAGACGCUCGAGGUCAUCGGCCGACGUCCAGAGGCAGAGAAACCUACAGUGCAAACCGAUACGCCCCUCCACCAAUCAGCGGAGGCGGCAGGUACCGCGGUCGGCCCACCCCGGCUCCAGUCGGUGGCCGUCAGGAGCAGGAGAAAGAGGAGCAGCCCGAGGCCGGAGGAUGUACACAUGCUUCAGAGUCAAUGGGUGUUUUGUGUCCGACUGGCUGCGAGCUGAAGAACGCUCUGCUGAAGCAAGAGAGGAACGUUAAAUCGAUUAUUGUAGACCUCAAGCCUCAGAUCAAUGAACUGUCCCGGUCUUCCAACACUGUCUUCAACUACGUCAAUGGCAUCUCCUCGUCUCUGAGGGAGAGACAGCGUGUCUUCAGCAACAACAACCAGGUGGCGAGUCAGUACACUGAUCAAGUAGAGGAGCAACACGCCUACAUCAAGGAGACUGUGGACACGGUUUUCCCCUCCAACAUCAGAGUACUACAGGGGGUACUAGACAAGAUCCGGCUGAAGAUCCAGAAGCUUGAGAAGGCCAUUUUGGCCCAGAAUGAGAAUUGCAAGGAGCCGUGCAAAACCAGCUGCCCGAUACCAGUGGUGUCUGGUAAGGAGUGUGAGGAUAUCUACCGACGUGGAGGCCGCGACUCCCAGAUGUAUAUCAUUCAGCCAGAUCCUUUGUUCCCACCGUACAAGGUCUUCUGUGAUCAGACGACCAAGAAUGGAGGAUGGGUCGUUGUCCAGAACAGGCUUGACGGCAGCGUCGACUUUGGCCGCCGUUGGGAUGAAUAUCGCCGUGGGUUUGGAAACAUCGCAUUCGGGUCCAGCAAAGGUUUCUGCGAGACUCCUGGUGAGUACUGGCUUGGAAAUGAUCACAUCAGUCAGCUGACCAGGAUGGGUCCCACUGAGGUUCUUAUCGAGAUGGAGGACUGGACGGGAGCCAAGGUCCAUGCCCAAUAUCAGCAGUUCACCAUCCAGUCGGAGACAUCCAACUAUGUGUUAGCCGUCAGUGGUUACUCUGGUAAUGCUGGCAACGGUUUCCUGGAAGGAGCUCUGGAGCUGUUUGGUGAAAACCGCACCAUGACCAUCCACAAUGGCAUGAUGUUCAGCACCUAUGACAGGGACAAUGACAACUGGACCCCUGGUGAUCCCUCCAAGCAGUGCGCCAAGGAGGACGGAGGCGGCUGGUGGUACAACCGCUGCCACUCAGCCAAUCCAAACGGGCGAUACUAUAUGGGCGGAGCCUACACGCCACAGAUGGCCAAGCACGGCACAGACGAUGGUGUGGUGUGGAUGAACUGGAAGGGGAGCUGGUAUUCGCUGAAGGCCAUCAGCAUGAAGAUCAGGCCCUACUUUGCCUCCAGAUAAUUGUGCCAAAAGGCGAUGGCACAUGCAACUCAAACAGGAAACUGCCAAAAUAAAAGACCACCCAAAGACUUUUUAUGAUAGCAAUGACCAAAAUCCUUAUCUGGUGUGGAAGAAAUCCUGUUUGCCGAUGGACACAAGCAUAUUUUUUACACACUUAACAUGAAGUUUAAAGAAAAACGGUGUGAACGGAAGCAUAAAAAGACAUAAAAGGUAGUUUUAUUCUAAAAAAAAAAUUAAAGAAUAGUUACAAUAUUUUUAAAGGGUUAAGCUUCAAAGUAAGCGGAGAAAAGUAAUCCGUUGUGAAAACAUAUGCUGUGACUCAUCUUGUUGUGUGUGACAGUGCCGAGUGCAUUAAAGGAGCAGUAACUAAAACUGUCCUCUGCUACUCAAUAAAAACAUUGAGGAACCUAUGAA